ACACGGCUUAGAGAGAGAGACGCUCGCACACACACACACGGUGGGGUAGUGGGACAAGGCGAGAGAGAGACGCUCACACACACACACACCGGGGGUAGUGGGACAAGGCGAGACAGAGAGAGACGAGGCUCAAGCAGUUCGAAGAGCGGAGCGCAGCAGGGACGGUGCCUCGCUCUGACCGCACCGCUCGGCCACCAUGAGUGAGCUGGAGAAACUACGCCAGGAGGCGGAACAGCUACGCAACCAGAUCAAGGAGGCCAGGAAAGCAUUUGCGGACACCACCUUCGCACAGGUCACAGCCAGCUUGGACCCCGUGGGGCGGAUCCAGCUGAGGACUCGGCGAACUCUGCGCGGUCACCUCGCCAAAAUCUACGCCUGCCACUGGAGCACCGACUCACGAAAUCUAGUGAGUGCCUCGCAGGACGGAAAGCUGAUCGUGUGGGAUACCUGCAGUACCAACAAGGUCCAUGCCAUCCCGCUGAGGUCGUCAUGGGUCAUGACGUGCGCCUACGCCCCCUCGGGGAACUUCGUGGCUUGCGGAGGCCUCGACAACAUGUGCUCCGUGUACAGUCUCAAGUCGCGUGAGGGAAAUAUAAAGGUCACGCGUGAGCUUCCCGGACACAAUGGGUAUCUCUCCUGCUGCCGCUUCCUCGACGACACCAAAAUCCUCACCAGCUCCGGAGACACCUUAUGCUGCCUGUGGGACAUCGAGACGGGCCGCCUGUCCUCCACAUUCAUGGGCCACACGGGCGACGUCAUGUCGCUGUCGAUGUCCCCGGACGGGCGCAUGUUCGUGUCGGGCGCGUGCGACUCGUCCGCCAAGCUGUGGGACGUGCGCGAGGUCAAGUGCCGGCAGACGUUCACGGGGCACGAGUCCGACAUCAACGCCAUCAACUUCUUCCCAAAUGGGCAGGCGUUUGUGACGGGCUCCGACGAUGCCACGUGCCGCCUCUUUGACAUCCGCGCCGACCAGGAGCUCUGCGUCUACGCCAACGACGGCGUGGUGUGCGGCGUCACGAGCAUCGCCUUCUCGCGCUCCGGUCGCCUCGUGCUCGCCGGAUACGAUGACUUCAACUGCAACAUCUGGGACGGCAUGAAGCAGGAGAAAGCCGGCGUGCUUGCGGGCCACGAUAACCGCGUGUCAUGCCUCGGCGUCACGGAUGACGGCAUGGCCGUGGCCACGGGAUCCUGGGACAGCUUCCUCAAGGUGUGGAACUGACGGGCGCAGAUGUGGUCCGGCACGGAGACGCACGUGGCUCUCGCGGGAUCCAGCUCGCGGCCACGCGCGCACGCACGCACACGUGGACACAGGCACACGUGGACAGAGACUCGUAGAACGUACACACAGGCACACGUGGAUAUAGACUCGUGCAACACAUCCACCUGGACAGAGACUUGUACAACACACGUACGCACAAAGACACAGACGUGCAUACACCAAAUGUAUACUUACAUAUACGUUAUUGAUUUUGGGGUUAAGCCGCGUGACGCUCUUGACCAUGUUCGUGUCGUGAGACCCUCCAUCACCCAACAUAGCCAAACAAAUUAAAUUGUCACAUGCACAAGCGUUUGGCACGCCAAUUAUAUAAUGUUUGUGACUGUUUUGUUUGUCUGGCUGUGUUGGGCGGUGUAGAGUCACGACACAAAUUUGGCUGCAUCAUUAUUGUGGCUUAACCCAGAAAUCUGUUACGAUUAAUAAAUAUUGGCUGCAAUAAACCUACGUGCUAUGAUAUACGCAUACAUUUACACAUGCAGCAUAUAUGUACAUAGAUAUGUACACACAUGCACAUAUGAUAUACAUAUACAAACGUACAUAUACAAAAAUGAGCCCAGCAAUACACACAUACGUAUACACACACACACAUCUUGCACACACACACACACACAUGAACCAUAUCAUCCCCAGCCAGGUUCUAUCCACUGCUCGAUGAAGCCCUCCCCCGGUCACCGCCAUCCCUCACCAGUUGCAUGACGCCACAGUCCAUCUCACUGCUGCGCAUGACACUGGCACAAAAACACGCACGCAAUUAAAACACAUCACGCAUAUUCAGCACUCACUCAUACCUGCACAAAAACACAACCGUCCAAACACACUACAGGCACAUGUGCACAACCACAUUCUCACAUGCUGUGCACGUGACACACAAUAUGCACACUCGUUAACUUGUGUAUAGCAUGCCUGUCACCCAGAACACACACACACGCACGCACACGUAGGCUUUCACUGACCCUCUUGUGCGUUGUUAAAAUAACACUGGCUGUCAAGACCGUCUCUAUCUAUACGAGGAGGGCCCUGCAUGGGGCCGUUUGACCAUUUGCGUGUCUGAGUGUUGGGCUCAAUGUGGGAGGAAUCCGGAGAAAACCCGCCAUACAUUCGAAGGGGUACCACUCAGCGCUGCCAUCUCCUGGCCACCUCGGAGCACCAACGCCUACAACACCUGGCAAGCCCCUUGACUGCCAUCCAUGAAAGCUCUAAACAAGAUCAGUCAUGCUAAGGCCCGUUGAGCUACAAAGCUCUGCUACAAGGGACGACCGCAGCUCAAGUCCGUGGCGACGGUCACAGGACAUCGCAGUUACAAAGGGAUCCAUAGAAUUCCUUAGGGGGCUAUACAUUUACAUAGAGCUCUGCAGAGUUACAUCAGAGAUGCGUAGCCCACAGCCCAAGACCGACGGCAGGGUCACGGGACAUCAUCGCAGGGUGGGAAUGUGCAAGCUGGCAAGAGCAAAAACAACAAUUGUUUACAUGAAACCCACACCAGAACUUAGUGCAAACGGGAUAAAAAAUAAAUAUUACUUAAAAACAAUUAAAAAGACAGUGUGUGUUAAUAAACUGUAUAUACACAACGGUAUAUUGGACUGAGCUGCAGCAUUUGCGGUUGUAGGAGAAUCAAUCAUCAUUCAUGGUCUUUAAGCAAACGUAACGAAGAUGCUUUUGGAAUUUAAAAUUAUGGAAUAUUAAACAUAGAAAUAUAUAUAAAACAUUAAACAUGACAGAACACGAAACGGCACUUGGUGGUCUUUAGUAUAAACGUUUUUUUUCGAGGGCAAAUGAUAAACCACAUAAUGGAGCUUAAAUAACAAACAAAAAUCACUCGACACAAUUGGCAAUAACACUGCGG